AUGGCUUUAAACACAGAUUUUAGCGCAUUGAAAGCCCGGACCAUGGGGUCCGGCGCUGACGAAGAAGCAGUCACUGUUGAUACGAGAGGCCUAAUAUCUAAAGUUCUUGCGCGAUAUUCAGGGAAAUGGACGGUUCUCCGAGAGAUGAUUCAGAAUGCCGCCGACGCAUCUGCAACCAAAGUGACCAUUAAAUUCGAGACUCUCCCUUCUACAACCGUGCCAUCUCCGUCAUCGACAGAUCCAACAGCACUCCUCAAACAUACCAUCUCCAAUCAUACUCUCCGCCGGCUUCUCAUCUCUAAUAAUGGCCUUCCGUUCAGCGAAAAAGAUUGGGCCAGGUUGAAGCGCAUUGCUGAUGGAAACCCGGACGAGACCAAGAUCGGUGCAUUUGGUGUUGGCUUCUACAGCGUCUUUGAUGACUGUGAGGAACCAUUCGUUUCUUCAGGGAAUCACGCUAUGGCCUUUUACUGGAAAGGCAAUUCAUUAUUCACUCGUCGCCUAGAUUUGGGUGAAACUUCAAAUCAGGAAACAACAUUUGUCCUGGAUUAUCGCAAUGAUUCUUCUCCAAUCCCGUCUCUGAUGCAACUUUGCCAGUUCCUCUCGAGCAGUUUGACAUUUGUUUCCCUUGAAGAGAUAGAAUUAAGGCUGGAUGAUUGGAGCUUGCUUCGACUAAUAAAGAAGAGGGCACCUGGUGUUGUUGUUCCUAUCCCAAGGGACAUCGAAACUAAAACUGCAGACGGCUUGAUGAAGGUCACAGCUAUUACGCAAGAAAUCGCCCAGGUUGAUGCAGCAUGGAUGCGAAUUGUGGAAUGGAAUCCCAAUGCUAGCGUGUUCCGCCUCGAUAAUCUUCGAGAUACUACGAGUUCUCUUCGGAGCUUCUUCUCAAAAUUCACCGGACAAGGACCCGAAAAACCGUCUACGACCAAGCCAGUGGAGAAGAUCGAAGAGCCCAGUAAUAUGACGUCCAUGUUGAAGGCAACUGUGUUCUUGCAUAUUAAUACCGCGUCUAUUCAACCUUCAAUAAGCUCUUCUUUGAGCAAGGAACUUGAACGAGCCACACGAAAGCCACCCCCGAAGAAGGCAACAAUUGCGAUCUUAACGCCUUCUUAUGAUACUAAUAUCGCAACCGGCGUAUCUGAAUCACAAUCCGAGAUACUUGCAUCUAUAUUGCCCUCAAAAGCUGGAAGGGUUUUCAUUGGUUUUCCAACUCAGCAGACCACGGGUCUCAAUGCCCAUGUCUCUGCACCAUCUGUUAUCCCUACAGUUGAACGAGAGAGCAUCGAUCUCAACACUCGAUAUAUUAGCAAAUGGAAUCUCGAGAUGCUCAGAGCAGUCGGCAUUGUCUGUCGCAUUGCCUGGUCUGCCGAAAUGAGCACUAUCAAAUCUAAAGUACUUGCCAAAGUCGAUUCAUCUCGCUCCAGAAUUAGGAAGGAAGAUAUCGUGGAUGUGCUACCUGAGGCAAUUCAUACCGCGAACCAAUUUGUUUUUCGUGAAUCAACGCCGUCUUCAGUUCUAGGACAAACGAUCGAGGACGCAUUUUGGAUGUGCAACAAGACUGCCUCAAUCGAAAUCCUGUCUACAUGCGGCGUCAUUCCUAGUCAUCAGACUCGCAUUGCUCCAAAAGAUCUCAGCUUCAUGGACUCGAUACCCGCUCUGCCCGAUGAAUUUGUGUCCCAGGCUAAAGAAUUUGUUCAAAGGCUCACAGAAUUUGGACUGGUCACGGAAAUUACUGUUUCGGACAUCAAACGUGAAUUGGAAUCAAACACAUUACGACCAAAUCAGAUUGUUGAGUUUCUGACAUGGCUCGGGCGUAAAACAGCCACCGGCCAACUCGACAGAAUGUCUGUACAAAGUUUGCUGCGAGUCGCAGUGGCUCACGAUGAGAACCAAGAAGGCCAGCCUACCAAGCUUAUCAUCUUCGCAGACAUUACCGGGUUCUUGAAUCCACAACGGAUUCCGGCGGAUUUGCCGGUACCGCCUUCUGUGAUGCCUUUUCGAUUCACAAAAGCCCUGAACAAACAAGAACUUGAAGCACUUGGUUGGGUUGAGCUUCAGCUUGUCUUCUGGCUUCGCUGGUUGGUUAUGAAUGCCGGGGACCGUAGUCUUCUCGUAGAAGACCAUGAUAUGACACAAAGUCCAUCAUUUGCUGGACAAAUCCUACCUGUUCUCUCGAAACAUUGGGACACAUUGAGCUCAUCUGCUAAGGACACAAUUAUUACCACCCUGCAGCCCCAGACCGUGAUUCCGACUAAACUCGGGAUGAAGCAACCUGGUCAGACCUACUUUGCUUCCGUGCGCCUUUUUGAUGAUCUUCCUGUGGUUCAUGGUCUUAACGGUGUCAAGGAGAAAUUUUUGGUUGCCCUUGGUGUCCGCAAAACUGUUGAACUUGGGGUGAUAUUCGAUCGCCUCAUUAACGCAUCAGAAAUGGUGGACACCAAAGGUUCCCAAACCAGAAAAUGGAAUCAUGUGGACCUGAUCCGCUAUCUCACCUCCGUACGAGAAGACAUUCCUUCAAAUGAUAUACAGAGACUGAAGAAUACAAGCAUUUGCACUGCUGAGAACGAUUCCCAAGGCUCGUUUAGUCCUCGUUUCAAGAUAUCCGAGCUCUAUGAACCCAGAGAUUCUCUCCGUGCCCUUGGUCUGCCUAUCAUCGAUUGGCCGGGCAUAUAUCAUGACGCUAGCAACGAGGCCAAGUUUCUCAUCAUGAUGGGAUUGAAGCGCUUUCCCUCUGGGUCCGAACUCGUUCGCCUGAUGAUUCAAAGUGACUCGGACAAAGACAGCUCUCGCAAGAACAAAGCCUUGGCGUACUUUCUAAAUGAAUAUCACACAAAUGGAUAUGAUGCCUUUGAUAUUGGUUCGGUCACGGUUCCAUUUCUUCCUGUUGAGGGAUCGGAUAGUCUCAGCACACCAAAGAAAUGCUUUACCGACGAUAACGCUUCUUUGUUUGGCUUUAAGAUACUUCAGAAACGCCUUCAUCCACACGCAGCCAAGCUGGGAGUGAAAGCCCACCCACCUGUGUCAGACUGCCUUCAGAUCUUGAUUCGGCAACCUCCGGUUACUCAUAGGGACGCCAGAGUGAUUUUCAAAUAUUUAGCGGGGAGGAUAUCAGACAUGAAUCCAAAAGAUGUUGAUCAAGUCGGAAAUGCUUCCAUCAUUCCGAUCACCAUAAAUGAACAGAAAGAAAAAGGUGCACGAAGUCGUCUGGUUGCGCCAAAACUCUGUUAUCUUGGAGAUGGAGAAGACUACAAAGAUAUCUUCGAUUUCGUUGAUUUCGGCCAAGAAGCCAACCUUUUCCUCAUGGCUGUCGGAUCAAGGCGCGAACCGACUAAAACUGAGAUUGCCCGCAUGCUGGUGAAAGAACCCGCUCGUAUCUCGGCUGCAUUUCAGAGCUCUGAUAAAUAUUUGAUGCUUUUGAGAACGCUUGCAGAGCAUCUCCCAAUCCUCAAGAAAGAUCGGGAACUAUUUAGCGAGAUGAAGAGGGCAAAAUUUCUACUUGCGAGCCGUGAUAUUCCGCCACAGUCGGCCACUGCUCAAAAGGAAAAGCAAAAGUCUUCCGAUAAGGCCAUUGCUGAUAUGGAAGACGAGCUGGAUAUUAGGGAAUGGAGCCUCGCUUCUGCAAAGGAGAUUGUUGUUGUCGACGAUUUCCAAAGCUUCAAUCUUUUCAAAGAGCACAUUCUUGCUGCGCCUCAAGAGGAAACGCUCGAAAACUUUUACGUCGCGUUGGGUGCUAUUCCUUUAAGCAGCCUUGUUGAGGAACAAGCCCGAUUCGGAGGCGUCGCAGCCGAUCAAAGCUCGGGAGCCAAGUUACACAAGAUCAUUGUCGAACGUGCGCGUCUAUUCUUACAUGAUCAACCCGCCGAUUCGAUUCAACAUGGAACGAGAUGGUUGGAGCAAAGCUUUGCUGUUCAGGUGGUCAACUCUAUCACUCUGACGCGGUCUUUGAAGGGUCGGCGAGCCUCUCAUACUCAAAAACGAAGUGCCAUCGUUGCUCGUCUAUCCAAUAAUUAUGGGUUAUGCAUUGUUCCAGGCCGAUAUGAUCUGUAUGAGAUUAGCCAGUCCCUCGUCCAUCUCAUCCUCAAGCGGCCGAAGCUUCAUUCAACUUUGACGCUAGAGAUGCUUCUCAAGACAGAUCUCCUGGAGCUUCGUGCCCGCGGGUAUAAUGUGGAACGUAUCCUCAGACAGAAAGCUCAUGAAGCCCGAAUGGCUGAGGAUAAACGCCAGAAACAGCUGGAAGAAGAAAGACGCAUGUUGCAGGAGAGAGAGGCUGCGUGGGCUGAAUCUCAAGCCCAACGAGCUAAAGAAGAAGCAGUAGAGCCUCAGUCCCACUCGCAAGCCGUCAUGCCAGGUGUCUUUCCCGAGUCUCCGAAGAACAGAGCGGUUGCGGAAGAGACGCAGUCUCCUCCAUCCGAACCUGCCAUGCCCGAUAGGACCUCUCGUGGCUUGUUUGCUAAUCUGUCCAAGCGGUUCGGCUUGGAUAAAGACCGAUCGGGCUCCAAUUCUGCUGGAGAGCAGUCCCGAUCAUUACUUUCUGACUCUUCCACGCCUCCUCCGCCUCCUUAUUCUGCUUCGGAUCCUCAGGAGUCGCGUCCAGAGCAGCCGGUCUCAGUCAGCUCUCCGCAUCGACUCAACCAGGAACUUCUCUCUGCUGUUCAAGCCUGUCGGCCACAUGGAUCCUCCGAUGUUUAUAGUCGACCAGAAACGAACCAAAUCUCGGAAAGCAAGUCUUAUUGUGAUGAGCGACCGAGUCAUGACCUGGAGUUUGUGGCCACUCUGCCCAGUGGGGUCAACGUGCUGUUUGUCAAGUCCGUCCCGGAUCGAUCUGCUUUCCUCACAAGCAAUCGGGCCGGCAUCAAUCUUUUUGCCUCUAUUCUGCUAGAUUGCGGUUCAAUUUUCUCGAUGCGACCCGACAGUCUCAGUAUAUUCUACGAUCCUGGGGGUAAAACCAUUGCCUUCAACCGGGCAGGAAGCAUCUUCUGCAACUACUUCUAUUUUCAACAGCUGCAGGAGCAAUCGCUCCUGCAGAGCGCAAUGCCCGACCGGACCGAUGCGAUUGUCUACUGGUGGGUCAUUCUGUGCCAUGAACUUGCACACAACCUUGUGGGCGACCACAGUUCCGCUCACAGCUACUACACCGAAGGGUUUGUGGCCCAGUAUUUCCCCAAGGUGGCCACCAAAUUAGCCGCACUCUUGCCGCCAGCAUCUAGCUCGGCAUGA